AAUCGUGGGCUCACAAUUCUGAUAUAAGAAUCAAGACGACGUCCAACAUUUACAACUCACCAGCAAGCAAUACAUUCGUUUCAGUCGCUUUCUACAUUCGCUUCUUCAGCCUUUACAUUCGUUCAUCAACACUCUUUUUUAUCAAAUAUACAAGUUUCAUUACUGCUAGCCAGAAUGAAGUUCAACGCCCUCGUCCUCAGCGCCGUCGCCCAAGUGGCUUCCGCCCAUUACUUUUUCGACACCAACAUUGUUGGCGGUGUUGCGCAGCCCCAGUUCAAAUACGUCCGCGAGUCGAGCCGUGUCACCAAGUACAACCCCAUCAAGUUCUCCUCCAACCCAGCUGCCGAUAUCCGUGAUGGAUCCACCGCCGAUGGCCCCGAUAUUGUUUGCAACCAGGGUGCCCAAAAGGCCGGCAAGACUCAGGUCAUGACCGUCAACGCUGGCGAGGAGAUCCGCCUCAAGUUGGCUGUUGGAGCCAAGUUCCAGCACCCUGGCCCUGCCCUGGUCUACAUGUCCAAGGCUCCCAGCACUGUGACUUCAUACGAUGGAUCUGGUGACUGGUUCAAGAUCUUCGAGGAGGGUGUCUGCGGCAACGGUGACUUCACCAGCGACGCCUGGUGCACCUACAACCGUGACUGGGUCGCGGCCAAGAUCCCCAAGGACACUCCCAACGGCGAGUACCUCGUCCGCGUUGAGCACAUUGGUGUUCACCGCUCCCACGUCAACCAGCCUGAGCACUACGUCUCCUGCAUGCAGGUCAAGGUUCAGGGUGGCGGUAGCGGUACCCCUGGCCCCAUGGUCAAGUUCCCCGGUGCCUACAAGGCCACCGACCCUUACGCCAACUUCAGCAUCUACAACGGCAAGAAGGACUUCCCCAUGCCCGGCCCCAAGGUCUGGGCUGGCGGUGCUAGCAGCGCCGGUGGUGCCACCACUCCCGCCAAGGAGGAGGCUACCUCUGCCGCCCCUGCUGCCCCUGCUAAGACUACCAUGGCCACUGUUGUUGCUCCUGCCCCUGCCGCACCCACCAAGGCUGCUGGCGGUGCUGGCUGUGCUGCCCUCUACGGACAGUGCGGUGGAAAGGGCUUCUCCGGUGCCAAGUGCUGCUCUGCUGGUUCCUGCAAGGCUGCCAACGACUGGUACUCUCAGUGCGUCAACUAAGCCUGUUUGCUAGGACUUGGUCGAAAAUCUGUGUAUAUUUUUCAUUCUUUGUGUCUAGAAGCGAGGCGUUGCAUCAGCAUAGCAUUGUUUUCUCAGGCGCUGUUCUCAUAGUGGAACACCUUUUACCCUUCUGUUUGCCUGGUGGAUGCGGUGCGAGCCUGUAUCAUAGCAAUAAAUCGUAACUUAUCAUCUGUGUUCCAAAACA